CACCACGUGAUUUUAUAAUUAGUGCUCGGCUGAGCUGCAGGAUCGAGUCUUCUGCACUGUAUUCUGGUAAAAUAGUCUAAGUAAACAUACAGAAGAUAUAUUUUGAUGUAGGUUUCAAAAUACAUAUUGAGAACGGGAAAUAGCUUACAAUGUUAGCACCUCUAACCUGGAAUUAGACCGAAACAUUCAGUUAAAAGGUCAUCGACAGAUACCCUUCACGUGGAGCAUACGAGUUGAUGUCUGCAUGUGUGAUCUAUCGCCAGCUGGCCAGGCGAGGCCAUGUCCCCCAAUGCUAUAAGGAUGUCCUCCUGGCCAGGAAACUUCACAGGGCUCUUUGCGACCCAGAGGCUGAGGCUGAUGAGCAACAGAAGGAGACGGAGGCAGCUGUCCACCCGGGGGUGUAUCGGCUGCACUACAACCCCACCUUGUAUCGCCGCCCCAAGAAGGAGAGUGACGCCGCGGCGAUCAAAGCCAAAAUCGACGAGGACGCACAGGGCUUCAUAGUCGCCACGCCCUCCUUCAGGCAGCAGAGCAACCACUACAGUGUGAGCUCCUCACGGCGCCUCUCCAGCACCAAAAACAAGCUACUGGACCUGGCUUUCAACAAAGCCUCCGAGGACAGGACCCCACCGCGGUCUUUUGACAACAGAGAGGCCCAACCAUCGGAGGACGAUCCUUAUAAACCCGACCCACGCGCCUUUCAGCGAUGCCGGCCGGAGUACGCCUCGACGACCCUUGACUUUAGCCAGAGGCCGCCUGCCAUCCGAUCCGAACGGGCGUUGCAGCUUCUCCACAAAGCGUCGGUGCUGAAGGGCAGCCUGAAGGCGGCGGACGUGGCCGAGUUCCUCCGGGAGCUGGGUCACCUGCAGCCGGAGCAGACAUCGCUGGCGAGGAGCGACACGCGCUUCAUCAUGCUCCUCCGCUACUCGGUGGAGAACCUGCGGCAGUUCAGCCACGCCCAGCUUCUGCAGGUGCUGGAGUCCUUUGUGUGGCUGGCCCUGUCCCCGGCUCACAGUAUACUCGGGCAGUUUGAGAGUGAGCUGAUACAAAGGGCUCCUCAGAUGAGCCUCCCCCAGCUGCUGCUGGCGGCCGACCUGUGGCGCUGCCUGAAGAAGCCAGUGCCUCAGUUCCUACAACAACUCUAUGACUCUGUGGAGCUGCAGCACAUGGGUGUGGCUGAGCUUGUCCAAUUGGUAUACAUUAUGGGGGAAGGAAGGCACUGCCCAAAGGAUUUAGUCGGCCGCAUUGAGACGAUCUUACUGCGCCACCUGGAUAAACUUGAACCAGAGGAGGUGGGCACUGUGUGCCUGGGGCUCUUUAAAUCGCAGACAUCCCUUUCCGAAAGAGCCGUGGCCUGCCUCGUAGACAAGGCCCACUCUGUGGUGGGGGAGAUGACUGACUUUGCUAUGGUGAAUGUCAUGAAACUGUUGCGGUUCAGCCACCUUGACCACAAGGUGUGGCUGGAAGUGAUGGCUCAGGAGGUGCCACGGCGAGUCCCGGGAAUGGGCGUCAUGGGGCUGAUGCACGUGACGCUGGCCUGCUCUGCACUUCACUACCGCAGCGAUGCUAUUCUCAUGUCUGUGGCGGAGAGGUUGCCCUCCUUGGCGCAACAGUGCCGGAGCAAAGACUCCUGCAAGCUGCUGUGGUCCUUUGGAACCCUGGGUAUUCCCCCUUCCCAGUGUCCGGACUUGUACUCCAGCCUUGUUGCAGCUAUGAGACAGAGAAAGGCAGAGUUCGAGCACUAUCCUGAGCAUCUUCUCACAGGGCUUCUAGGCCUGGCCUUUGUGGAGCAGUUCCCAGAGGACCUCCUAGCGUUAGCCCUGAGCCCUGAGUUUGUCAGCCAAGCAUUGAAAAAGACCCAGCUGGAGUUGAGCAAAGAUCUGUUCACUCUAGAUGGGACGGUGGGGCUAGAGUUGCCUCACUGGACCGGCCCAAGGUUGGCGGUCAGACCAAGAGAGGAGGCUGCGAAAAUGCUGUGGAGGUACGCUCAGACGGAUAUAUGCCAGAAACCAGAGGUUCUGGAGGCAGAGCGACUGCUGCAGGAUCUGCUGGGGGGCAGGCAGUUUGUAUGUAAAAGAAUGAUUCUGCCUCACACCCGCUCUAUAGACCUGUUGGUUCACCUAGAUCCAACCGGGAUUCCGCUACCUGUGAACGUAAGUCUUGAAACUGCUAUAAUUCCAGAGAAGAGCUUGUCAACCAGUCAUGCUCACAAGAAAUUGUUAGCAAUGGUAGGGGUGAGGCUCACUGAAGAUCUCCUAACACAGAUGGUCUCCUCUAAAAAGGACAUGGAGCCUUCAGGUUUGUCACAUCAAUCUUCACCACCAGCUCUGCUCAGACUAGAGGCUGAUGAAGGAGUAAACCAGAUGAGAGUGGAGUCGGAGCUCGCUACGACCAGGCCCCGCAUGCUAACUGACACGCCUACGAAGUUGAACAAAACCCUGGUCAAGCUGGCCAUUCAGGUGUCCAACAGGAACCACUACUGCUACCAAUCAGAGCAGCUGAUGGGGCUUCAUGCCCUGAAGAGGAGACAGCUCCAUCUGGCAGGAUACAGGGUGGUAGAGGUGAACCACUGGGAGUGGUUCCCCCUGCUGAGGAAGCGCCAGGCGGAAAAACUAGCAUAUUUACACUGUAAAAUCUACGGCAGUAUGGACUGAUGACUCUUACCCGCAUUAUAGGAAUGUUUGUGAUUAAUUAAAAAUUGCCACAAAAUCACAAGGAAACAUUUUUUAUCUAUUAAUCUUGUUCACUUAUUACUUAUAAGAUAAGAUAAGAUAUACUUUAUUCAUCUCAGUGCAACCACGAAAUGAUCCCAUCACUGAUGUGUAUGAUUUAUGUUUUAUAUAUAAUCAUGUGACAGGAUUAUAGAAACAGAACAAUGAUCAAAUUUACAGUAUAGAAAUACUACAACUUGUAUAAGGAGGUUCUACAGUACACUAUAGAUCUGAGACUACCAAACAUUGGAAGCUACAAAAUAUAAACAUCUAUCGUAUGACAAGACAUCUAGCUUUAUUGACUGUAUUUGGUCUAUUUACAUUUAUUCGUUCAGCAAACGCUAAUCUGUUGAACGCUAAUCUGUUAAUUUAGGAAACAUUAUCACGUGGGAUAUCAUGGUUUCCUAUUUUUUGAAAGAGUUAGUGAAAGAAUGCUUUGAAACUUCUGCCAACAGUUGAUGAGUGCCUUGAUGAUGAUAAUGCGCUUGAGCCGUCGUCUCUUCCCUUUUGUUUUUCUCGCAGGACAAACUUUAUUUUGCUUUACCUGAAGAUAUAAAAAGUACAAUAACAAGUA